UCAUCCUUACCGUCUGUGUCGCUGUCGAUUUCGGAAGCGGCUACCACGCCGUUAUCGAUUCCAGCGCCAUCGGUCGUCUCAUCCGAAGGCUCACCUAACUCGAAUGAUCUACAAACCCAGAAAACCUUCGUUCCUCGGCGAAGUCGAAUUUCCGACAAGUCUGUGCUACCAAUUUCUGCGGAUAUUGCAAGAAAUCGAGAUUUUUACCGUACGAAUGAUGUCCGUCCACCGUACACAUAUGCAUCGCUUAUACGGCAGGCUAUUAUGGAAUCACCUGAAUGUCAAUUGACGUUGAAUGAGAUCUACACCUGGUUCACCGAGACGUUUGCAUACUUCCGAAGAAAUGCCGCCACCUGGAAA